GGCUAUCAAUGGAGAAUUCCGUGUAAGCUUCUGCCUUUUCUCUUGCGCCAAGCUUUCUACUUCGCCUUCCUAUAACUGUGCUAUGUUGAGAUUGUGAAGAGCAGUUCUUACAAUUGUUCCGUUCCCCCGUCCAGCCAAAAUGCUGAUCUCUGAGGGUAAUGAAAACAAAACGGGGCCAAAGGAUAGUUUCACGGCGGAUCGCUGACGUUUAUUCUCAGUCUUUACUUGGGAGGCGGUGGAACGUACUAAGUGCGACUGGCGGCGGGGUCGCGGUGGUUUCCCUGAAAUCGCCGGCGUUGAUUGGGCAGUAGAGCUGUCUCCGCAGUACUCGCUCGGUGCGCCGGAGUGCAUGCUGGUUGGAGCCAGAGAUUGUCCCUUAUUGCACUUCAAUGGAGGAACGGCCCAGCGAACGGCCACACGAGAAACGAUACCACCAUGGAGAAGAGAGGAGCCCGAGUCGAGCCAAAAAAUCGCUGAAAAAUGAGCCAAGCCAGUGCCACUACCAGAACCAGGAAACGCAGACGAAGAAAACAGGCAAUGGAAAAAUAAACUGGAGCAGCACGGACAGGGAGAAGGUGCCUUCUGCCAGCGACACGCUCAGCGCCCCCUACCCGGCCAACGGCCAUGGCCACAGGUCACAGCUAGACCCCAACUGGAAACUGAAGCAGCCCGGGAAGGUCCACUCCACUCUCUCCAAAGGGGGGGUCAAAAGCGGUCACGCUUUCAAGAACAGCAUGGACAGCAGGAAUGACCGGCCCUCAGACCUCAGAGCUCACGAGGGCAAGAAGGAGCCGGCGGCACCACUUAAUGGCGUGGUGGCCAUCAACUCUGGCUUCCUAAUCAACGGUUAUCCCGGCAAGCCAGCCACCGACAACGAUGGCAGUGGCUCUGAGAGCGGCUACGCCACCCCAAAGAAGAGGAAGCCCCAGCGAGGCAGCGUCCGGGGGGCAGAGCCUGCUACCGUGACUCCAGAGGCGGUCACGCACCCGAAGCAGGAGGCAGAGCCCCCCAUCCCCGAGCAGGUGGAGAAGGCUGUGAGUCCUUCACAGCUGACCGCGAAAGCUGAGGCUACUCCUGGAGCUGCGCGGGCAAAAUCAGUGCCUGGCUCCACGCCGGGCAUCCCACCACUGCCACCAAUGGGUGAGCCGCAGCGCAAGAACUUGGACAGCAAGGCCACUGCUGCCUUCGGCAAGAAAUACGAGGAUAGGCCCGGUAAGGCCAAGCUCAACACCUCAAUGGCAGCAAAAGAGGACUCGUGGACUUUGUUUAAACCCCCACCUGUCUUUCCUGUGGACAACAGUAGUGCUAAGAUCGUGCCCAAGAUCAGUUAUGCAAGUAAAGUCAAGGAGAACCUCAACAAGGCCUCACAGGCUGCAGGGGAGGCCUCACCCGCCCAGCUCCCCGGGAGGCCACCGCAGGUGCCCAUGUCCGCCAUGAAGACCAUCACCUCCCCGAGCUUCACCAACGGCCCCCUGCUCGGGGAGGGGAACGGCUGCCCGCUCUCUGGGUCCCUCUUCACCGCCGCCAGUACUGUGCCACCGGCCACCUCCCUCUCCGGAGCUGAGAAUGUAGCGCCCCCCUUGGAGGAGGGCGGCAGCACCGCUGCAGCUGCCCCCUCUCCUGCGACAGGUGACCCAAGGAAGCACGGCCUUUUCAUUUACCCCCAUGCCCCAUCUUCAUCCAAUAUGCAACCCCCACUCCCCAGCGGGCGCCAAGCCGCUGCCCCCCCGGCUGCCCCAGCCAAUCAGAAAGUCCUGGUGGACAUCUUCCAGAACCAGUGGGGCCUGUCGUUCAUCAACGACCCCAGUGCCGGGCCUGAGGGCGGCACAGGCAGCCGGUGGCCUGCCGGCAAAGGCGUGGUGGCUGAGGUCACCUUCCAGGGGGAAUGCCCUGGUGAUCACGCGCCACUCCCCAAGCCUCACGAGCUGGACAAACGGACUAGCCCCCAAACCCUUAGCAGUGUUUUAAAAGCGUGCCCGCCGGCAGUGCCGGGCCGGGAGGGCGCGGCCCAGGCCCAGCCUGCAUCGCCGGAUGGACAGAAGGAUGCGGAGGCUGGGAGUCUAGGUGCAAUAGUGUUCACUUCCUCUAAGGACCCUGCUGUCGAAGCCCUCCGGGCCUCCCCGACCAAUCCCGCGCUAGCUCUCCCCCGAGAGGCCACCUGCCCCAAGGACAUGGACAGGAGGUCUAGCUGGGGGUCAUUCGAUCUGAAAGCUGCUGUAAAUUACCACACUAAAGAAAUGGAAUAUAUUUUGAAUUUGCAAAAACAAGACCCAAAAAGAGUAGUGUUGUACGGCGAGACCAAGGAUGGGCCGGAUCAGUGAGCCGCUGACUGAGGGACGCAGCCCGCCUCCAACCCGGAUGCUGCAGGGAGAACUGACCUGAUGGUUAAAGCCGCUCCUUUCACCAACCAAUCAAAUCAAUCUAUCUAUCCGCCUGUCGAUUCAGACUCAAUCUCAGGCGUGACUGUAACCGUGGAGCUGAGAAAGGACGGUCCCAGGGGACAGACUGCAAAGCGGUAAUCUGGAGGCAGAGAGGCACAUUGGAGGGGGGAGUGUUCUGAUCGAAAAAAUCUGAAAAAGCAGGGAACAGCAGGGGCUCUGUGGGAGAUCGAGUGCGGUACUGCCCAUGACCCGUGACCCAUCGGACCCCCGGAACACCUUGCGCUCCUCAGACACUGGGCUCACAACAUCGUUGGCUCUUCCCAAAGUCGUCGUCAGAGGGGAGAAGCAUCUCCUUGGGAUGCCUCGGUCAUUUCAAAAGUUUCUUUAUGAAUCCAGCUGGGUGCUUAUACCUCUGCUUAUUCACGCAGCAGUGUACGUGCACUAGCUUGAGUCCAUAACGAGAAAUGGAACCGAAAUGGCGCAAAAGUAAAAAUUUUUUUUUGUUGUUUUUUUUUUUUUUUUUUUUUUACGAAAGGUUGCCUUGAAA